UGUAAAGGAUACUUUUGGAAUGAAGAUAUGAAUAACUGCACAGAAUGCAUGAAUGGAUACACAGGUGAAAACUGCAGCUUCCCUUGUCCCUUUCCUUUGUACGGAAAGAAAUGCAGGAAGGAAUGUCGAUGCGAUAAUCUUACAUGUGAUCCAGCAUCAGGAUGUCUCCCAACUGGUCCGAUGCAGUCAACGGCUUCUAAUUCAACCCAAAGCACGGGAAUUACGAUGCCGUACAUGAAUGCACCUCAAAAAGACGACAAAGUCAAUCAAAAUCUUAAAAUUCUUAUAGGUGUAAUUGGAUCAUUUGCAUUCAUAAUGCUCUGUGUAUACGUGUAUGUAACUGUAGUCUCUAAGGAUUUGAGAUCUACAGACCCGUUGAUCACAGGGAAUCAUACUGAGGGUGAGGACAAUUCGCAUAAUAAAAAUCUGUAUGAAAAUGUCAACAUUUUCGAAAACAGAAGCCAUUCCGUUGGUUCUACAGGGAAUGUCGAGAUUAUUCUAAGGCCACAAUAACUCAACGCAGGACUCGAUACUACGAACAAUUCUAUCAACACAUAACUGUGUACGUGACGUCAAUGAGAUCAUUAGAUAAUGAGGGAUGUUGUUGGUAAAAGAUUUAAGUUUGGAAACCUCUGUAAC